CCGGGCAGUUGUUCAUUUUGUUUAUUUUUUCUGUGAAAGAAAACGUUAACGUUUUUCACAAAACUAACGUUACUUUCUUGACACCUUACUUUUUCACUUCGGAACUGGGUAUUUUUAUGGUUAUUUUCCCUUUUGUGUAACGCCAACAGUCGCAUCGGUGGGAAGAGUUCGCAUCGACUUGCCAAAUAUUGUCUGUCUGAGGUUUCAGUGUACAUCGAUGAAUGCAGCCACGACAAGAAUUUGUUGAGAUAUUGUGAUUGGAUCCAGGCAUCCGCAACGUUUGGGAAUUUGCAGACGGCUUUGCUGCAGCGGAUAGGGGAUGAGUGGUGUGCUGUGGAGGCGUGACAUGUCCCUGUUGGAGCGUUUGGGGAACGACUCCCCCACGGGCCUGGCAGCCGGGUCACCCGUUGGCACGGCGGCACCCAGGGGGUCAAACAUGUCAGAGGUCCCCGAAGCUCCACUGGUCACUCCUGAUGAGCCCAUCUUCCUCAUGACACCAGCAGCACAGGCCGUGUCAGGAGUCUUCGUCUGGACCGCACUCCUGCUCACCUGUCACCAGAUAUACAUGCACCUGCGGUACUACAGUUCUCCUAAUGAGCAGAGACACAUAGUGCGGAUCCUCUUCAUCGUUCCUAUUUAUGCCUUUGACUCCUGGCUCAGCCUGCUGUUCUUCACCAAUGAAGAGUACUAUGUGUAUUUUGACACUGUGCGAGACUGCUAUGAAGCGUUCGUCAUCUAUAACUUCCUCAGUCUGUGCUAUGAGUACCUGGGCGGGGAGAGCGCCAUUAUGGCUGAGAUCAGAGGCAAGCCUAUUGAGUCCAGCUGUGUAUACGGGACAUGUUGUCUCUGGGGCAGGACUUACUCUAUUGGCUUCCUAAGGUUCUGUAAACAGGCCACUCUGCAGUUCUGUGUGGUGAAGCCUCUUAUGGCCAUCAUUACUGUAAUCCUCCAAGCCUUCGGCAAAUACAGAGACGGCGAUUUCAACGUGGCCAGUGGGUAUCUGUAUGUGACGAUCAUCUAUAAUAUCUCAGUGUCUCUGUCUCUGUACGCCCUGUUCCUCUUCUACUUCGCCACACGGGAGCUGCUUGUCCCCUACAGUCCUGUGCUCAAGUUCUUCAUGGUCAAAUCCGUGAUCUUCCUCUCCUUCUGGCAAGGCAUGCUGCUGGCCAUCCUGGAGAAGUGCGGGGCCAUUCCCAAAAUCAACUCUCCAGACGUGAGGGUGGGCGAGGGCACAGUGGCGGCCGGGUAUCAGAACUUCAUCAUCUGUGUCGAGAUGUUCUUCGCCGCCCUGGCUCUGAGACACGCCUUCACAUACAGAGUCUACAUGGACAAAAGACUGGACUCUCACGGUCGCUGCGCCCCGAUGAAGAGCAUCUCCAGUAGUCUGAAAGAGACCAUGAAUCCCGGGGACAUGGUGCAGGACGCCAUUCAUAACUUCUCUCCGGCCUAUCAGCAGUACACGCAGCAGUCCACCCUGGAACAGCGGAGUGGCCCGGCCGUCUCUCGCUCACACAGCAUCACCAGUAACCGCGACAACGAGAAAACACUGCUCCUCAGCUCUGACGAUGAGUUCUAAGACUGAUACACACACAGAAAAAGAGGAGGAGUCAUUUUUAGGUCACUGUACAGUUUGACCUGUUUCUCACCUGCUUCACAUGUCAAAGCUGAGCAAGAUGAUGUGCCAUAUGAAUUAUACUCUCUCUGACACACACACACACA